UCUAAACAAUAGAAAUCGGAAAGUUGUCACAAUGGCUGCCUUUGUUGUUGUGACUUACUCUGAAUGUAACCUCAAAUAUUUGAAUAAAUUUGUACCAAGAACUUACUUCGUGAUUGGUUGUUUUUUGUAGUUAAUCUCCUUGUUAUAUUUUUAACAAUAUUGCAAUAAGAUGCCUGCCAGUGGAAGGUUUGGGCCACUCAUUGGGGCCAUCGACGAAGGAACAAGCAGUGCGAGAUUUCUGGUGUUUGCGGCGAGCACGGGCGAGGUGCUGACCUACCACCAGGUGGAGGUCCUGCAGCAGUUCCCCCACGAGGGCUGGGUGGAGCAGGACCCCCUGGAGAUCCUAGAGGCUGUCACGGAGUGCGUGGCGAGGUCGGUGGAGAACCUGCGCCAGCUCGACAUCGACCCGGCCGACAUCAAGGCCGUGGGCAUCACCAACCAGCGGGAGACCACCAUCCUGUGGGACCCGCACACCGGCAAGCCUCUCGCCAACGCCAUAGUGUGGCUGGACGUGCGGACCACGGACACGGUGGACCAGAUGCUGGCCAAGGUGAAGGACCGCAACCUGGACUACCUGAAGCCCCUGUGCGGCCUGCCGGUCAGCACGUACUUCAGUGCGCUCAAGGUGCGCUGGCUCAUGGACAACGUGCCGGGCGUGACGGCCGCCAUGGACGAGGGGAGGUGCCUCUUCGGCACCGUCGACUCGUGGCUCAUCUGGAAUUUCACUGGGGGCAAAGAUGGCGGUCUUCACAUCACUGACGUUACAAAUGCAUCGAGAACCAUGCUUAUGAACGUGAAAUCUUUAAAAUGGGAUCCAACGUUGUGCAGGUUCUUUGAUAUCCCGAUGCAUGUGUUACCUGAAAUUCGAAGCUCUUCAGAAAUCUACGGAUACAUUACCGAAGGACCGUUGCAAGGAAUUCCCAUAUCAGGGUGUCUCGGGGACCAGCAGUCGGCUCUCGUCGGCCAGCUGUGCUUCAAGCGAGGACAGGCCAAGACCACGUACGGCACCGGCGGCUUCAUGCUGUACAACACGGGGACCAUGGCAAUACAGUCCAACCACGGCAUGUUGACCACGGUGGCGUAUCGUCUGGGCAAAGACGCACCGCCCGUGUACGCCCUGGAAGGAUCCAUCGCAAUCUGCGGGGCCAUCAUGAAGUGGCUGCGCGACAACCUGGGCGUGCUCCGGGACGUGACCGACUCGGAGAAGGUGGUCGAGGAAUCCUCCGUGAAGACGGACGGGAAGGUGUACUUUGUGCCGGCGUUCUCGGGCCUUUACGCGCCGUACUGGCGGAAAGACGCUCGCAGCUGCAUCGUGGGCAUCACGGACCAGACGACGAGCGGGGACGUGGUGAUGGCGGCCAUGGAGGCCGUGUGCUUCCAGACGCGCGACAUCAUCGAGGCCAUGAACACGGACUGCGGCGUGCCCCUGCGGCAACUGCUGGUCGACGGGGGCAUGACCGCCAACAACAGCCUCAUGCAGCUGCAGGCCGACCUGUGCGGCUUCGAGGUCGUGCGACCCCUGAUGACGGAGACGACGGCCUUGGGGGCGGCCAUGGCCGCGGGCAGCGCGGAGGGCAUCGGGGUGUGGGACCUGAGCCAAGUGCACUCCGCCCCCGCCGACACCUUCUACCCCGCCAUCACCGAGGACGAGCGUGACAUCAGAUACUCGAGGUGGAAAAUGGCGAUCAAGAGGAGUUUUGGGUGGGUUCCGGAUCCCUCGACGGAGGAAACGACGGAAAGAAAUAAGGAUCUCUCAAUUCUGUCAUCAGUGCCUGUGACGGUCUUCAUGAUCUCUGCGUUCGCUGUGUUGUUGGUUGCGAAAAAGAUGAUGGGGUAGGACAAUAGUUUGGUUCGUUAGUUGGUACCAUUUUAGUAUUAUCAUCAUCAUCAUCAUCAUCAUCAUCAUCAUCAAUCAUAAUCAUCAUCAUCAUCCAGGUUGUUGCAAUAACAUUCUUUGAGAACAUAGCGUAAUGUGUAAAUGAUUUGUGGAACUGAAGUAAGCAAUAGGAAUAAUUCCUGGGUUUUUUUUUUCUUUUCUUCCCAUUAUUCCAUUAAAGUGUCUGAUGAUUUGUAAGCAUCAGGAUACAAUAUUUUUGUUUGUAUGCAAUUAUAACUUGAACACACAUCCAAAGAAUAUUAGAGUUUUGCACGGGAAAAAAACACUCAUGUGAUUUGGCCGUGACGUCAGAGGACAUGUUUGGAUUUAUGACUAAUCCGAGUAGCUGUUUACCCUAUAAAGCCAUUCCAAUCUGUAAUUUUAUAGGCCACUGGCCUAAAUGAUGUAUAUGCAUAUGUAUAUGUUACACUGUUGUGAGAAAUUGUUAACAAGGUUUUUACAGGGUAUUUAUUAAAAUCUAUACAAUCUCUUGCACAACCUACGAUUAAUGGUACAAAUAAUUUAAAUUAACGUACAUGAAUACCGAAAGGAAGCAAAAAAAAAUUAAUUGAAUUCAAGCCAGAAAUAUUUAAAAGCCUGGACUGUGAUUCUACACUCCAUAUUAAUAGUGUGGAUUCUUAUAUGCUCAUGUACAGAAUUGUACAUUUCGGCCUGUAACUGAUAUGUUACCCUCCAUUAAGAUCAAACACAAGUGUUUUAAAUAAUCAAAUCUAAUAAAUAUAAAGCCACAUAAGUUUCAAUGGUUGAAAAAAGUGCACAAGUAAACUUCUACAGUGCAAAAACAGUUUUUUUUUAAACCCGGAAACUAACGUUAUAAGUCAUGAUCCAGUAGUUCGUUACUAAUGCAUCUUGUUUUUUUAAUAUUUCAAUCUAGAUAGCAGCACAAACAUUUCUAGUUUUAUUUUCCAUUAUUCUUUUCAAAUUAAAGCUUCCAUUAAUGUCAAACCAAAAUUUUUUUUAUCAUUCCUGUUACUGUUUCAUGAACAAAAUUCACUAAGAUUUAAAAUAUGCACAAACUAGAGACAAGAUUUUAUGGUGAGUUGCGAAAAAACCUAUUAACUAUAGGUCAGUACAACAUGUAACACCAAAAGUGCAUUAAAACAUCAUAUAAUACAAGUUACGUAAUGAAAUAAAACAGUAUUUAAACAAAUCUUUAUUCAAGUGAUUGAAAUUGUAUUCUUUAAAAUUAAAAAUUGUAUGAAUACUAUUUUUUAAUAUGUAGUCAGUAAAAAAAAUGCACUGAUAAGUUUAUUGUGAAAACUAAUUAUUUUUCCUAGAUAACAUACCUCAUAUUGUUGUUCAUUUUACAUGAUAAACUCAAUUAUGUUCUUUCCUCAUUUUUUUGACAAAUUUUACUUUAGACAUUCAUAUUAUCUUAUUUUAUUUUAAAAAUUCAGAAUUCAGUAAAAAAAAAUGCAUAAAUAUUUUAUCAUACUUUUUUUUAAUAUUCCACCAUAUUCAUUAAUAAAAGCAUUUACUGUUAUAAAAAUAAAACCCUUCACAUUGAAAUCUGCCUUUUUAAAAACUAAAUUGAGCUAAAAAUGUAACCAUAAAAUCUUGUCUCUAGCACAAAAAAAUUUUAUGUAGACUGACCUUUCAAGAACAGUUAAGCUUCGUUCAAGAUAGUCUAUGACUAUGGCCCUAUGGGACAUAUAGCAAUAACAAGACAAAUUAAAAUAAAAAAAUUUCCAUGACAUAUACGCAAUGAUUGCUCUCUAAGAGUAAAAAAAGAAAAUGAGUUAUUGUAUUAAUUGACUCGCCUUUGCUGUCGAUUGAGAAUAAAUGUAAGUUAUGGUAUUGACAAUACAACAGGGAGUUAUUGCCUAAGCAUACUUGUAGUUAAGAUUCACAGUUGGGGUUUUACUGCUUAUUAGAUUACUGUGAGUGAUACGUCCUGACACUUCUUCUGCACAUUCCCAAAUAGCAAUAGAUGUCCUAUGAUGUCACGAACUUACAACCAAUAGUCAUUUUCAAUUUUAUGGCAGAGUUUGAAAAUUUGACAUUUUUCACUGGAUUAUCAUAAAAACUAAAGUGGUCAUGUAAGAAUUAUUUUUAAUGUCUAAAUUAUAUAACAUAGUUACUUAAAGUCAUUAGAUUUAAUGGAGUUAAUUUUCAAGGAAUCAUUCCUAUUCAACAGUGGUCCAACCCACAACUUAUCUAUAAAAUUUUGCAGCUGAGAACUGCACAUUUCUUGAAUGGUGAACCGUAUAGAUUUUUUUAAAGCAAAUUAUUUUAGAACUUGGCUUCAUCUUAUAUUGUUUACUUGCCAAAACAUUAAAAAUAUUAAUUGAUGCAAUAGUUAUUUUUUUGUGCUUGUCAUUAGAAAUAAUAAGGUUGGUUCCCAGUGCAUAAUAAUUUUAUUUAAAAACUUAAAAUGUUUUUGGAUAAUGUUACUAGUGGUAGAAAACUGUGCGAGGUGUUUACUGUUCAUCCUAUUUAGUCUUUCCGUCAUUAUCAGCAUGUUGAUAUGAUGGUCAGGGCUGUGACUCGUAAAAUGUAAUGUAUAACUUAGCUCAUGUGCAGUAAGCUUGUAGGUUUUCUCAGGAUAUUCCCAUUCCCUCCAUCACAUGCAUUCCUUUGUUGAUCCUUUCAUUUCCUCGUUCCACCCUUUAUCCUUCUCUACUCUUUACAGGCCUGGAUAUCAUCAAGAGGUUGAACCCUAAGGUGAUAGUAACUGCAAUGGUCAUUUGAAGCGGUUUACUGUUAACUGUUGUCCUCCUGCUUCGUUGGUUAUCGUUACAUUUAUUUUUCCCUUU